AUGUCGCUCUCCCCAGAAGCCCGCGACCAAUAUGUACCAAUCAUUGACUCAAUCCUGGCUAAGAGUGAUCUCAAUACUAUCUCCGAGAAGCGAAUCCGUAAAGGGCUUCAGGAAGAGGUCGGCUAUGAUCUCACUCCGCAUAAGGCUGUGAUUAAGCAGCUUAUCAUGGAGCGGUUCGACAUCUUUGCCGAGAAUGGUGGUAUAGAAGCUUCUCCCGAGGCGGUCGCUACUGCUCCUGCGACCAAUGGCCACAGUUCUGCGACACCGGUCGAGGCUUCGUCCCCUGCGCAAUCCUCCAAGUCACAGAAACGUCAGGCGGAUAGUGUGGAACGUGAAUCGGACAAGACUCCUCCGGUGAAGAAGAAAAAGUCCGAUCACGAUGUGGAUGCGGAUGCCCUUUUCGCGGCAAAAUUGCAGGCGGAGGAAAACAUGCGUGCCCGUCCCACUCGCGGUGCGAGUGCGCGUAAAGCCCAACCGGCAAAGAAGAAGACAACCAAGGCUAAAACGUCGAAGAAGGUCAAAGCGGAGGACGACUCAGACGUCGACUCCGGCUCGGACUCAAAGAAAGUGAACCGUUCUGGUGGAUUUCAUAAACCACUUACUCUAUCACCGGCAUUGUCAGCUCUGCUGGGUGGAGAAGAGUCGCUUUCGCGACCCCAGACGGUAAAGAAAGUCUGGGCGUAUAUCCGCGAGCAUGAACUUCAAGAUCCCAGCGACCGACGUCAAAUCCGCUGCGACGAACCGAUGCGCGCGGUUUUCAAGCAGGACCGCAUACAUAUGUUUACGAUGACAAAGAUCCUCAGCCAAAAUUUCGGGAGUUGGUACUGCCUUGCAGAUUGGCGCGAUGGAUGCUGUCGACAAAGUGUUCGUCGCGCCGUGUCAGAAGGAGCGCCGAGCUCUUCUAAUCCCUGGGAGCUGUUAUCCGGGCUUGUCCCCUUUCUGAAAUUGUUUCCGUCGUGCCAACUCCCGCCUCCAUAUCCGCCCUCCAUGUCUGACACUCAGCCGCCCCAAGGCUCCGGAUCGCAAGGACCAAAACGUGGUGGUCGUCGCGGACGAGGACGGGGAGCAGGCCAACCUUCGGCAAGAAUUGAGAACUCGCAGCAGUCGACUGAAGGUGCCGGAAAAGGCUCAAGGGCCAGGGGCAGUGGGCCCCGCAGAGGAGGGGGUCGCGAUAAGCAGAACCGCAGCGCCCCGAAUAGGGAUUCCGGGCCGGAUCCCAGUGGACAACCGACCCAAGGACAGACUACAGAGACGGGAGACAAGGGCAAGACGGUAGCUGCAGCGCCCGCAGACGACGCCGAUGAUGGGGAGAUUUGCUUCAUUUGUGCGUCAACUGUCGAACAUACGUCUGUUUCGCCAUGUAAUCACCGCACUUGCCAUAUCUGCGCGUUGAGACUUCGAGCAUUGUAUAAGAACAAAGCCUGUGCGCAUUGUCGGACUGAAUCGAGCUACGUGAUUUUCACAAAUGACCAUGUGAAGCCUUUCCAGGACUUCAAGGACUCGGACUUUUCUCAGAAAGAUGAUAACCUCGGGAUCAAAUAUGAAAAUAAUGAGAUCUUUGAAGAUACAGUCCUCUUGCUCCGAUACAAUUGCCCGGACACAGAUUGCGACGUGGCUUGCUUAGGAUGGCCCGACCUGCAUCGCCACGUGAAGAGCAAGCAUGGCAAAGUAAUGUGCGAUCUUUGUACGCGUAACAAGAAAGUCUUCACCCAUGAGCACGAGCUCUUCACUGUAGCGGAGUUGCGCAAGCACGAGAAGUAUGGAGAUCAUGUUCCUGGGGCUGUUGAACAGAGUGGCUUUAAGGGUCACCCCGAAUGUGGUUUCUGCCGUCAACGGUUUUAUGGUGACGAUGAACUGUACACUCACUGUCGCGAUCGCCAUGAAAGAUGCCACAUCUGUGAUAGACGGUCCGCCAAUCGUCAGCAACAGUAUUAUAUUGACUAUAAUGCGCUUGAGGAUCACUUCCAGAAGGACCAUUUCCUUUGCCUGGACAAGGAGUGUUUGGAGAAAAAGUUUGUUGUUUUCGAAUCUGAAAUGGAUAUGAAAGCCCAUCAAUUGGAAUGCCAUCCAAAUGGUCUUUCCAAGGAUGCGAGACGCGACGCACGAACCGUUGAUCUGUCAUCUUUCGACUACAGAACACCGUAUCAACCUCAAAGACAACGCCGCGGCGCUGGUCGUGGGCGCGAUCCAAAUUCUGAACCUCUUCCUGUGUCCUCUGCACAACCACUAACCAGAGCCGAAAUUGCCUACCAACGGCAGAUGGCCAUUCAAAGCGCACAGUCAGUAUCAACCCGCAGCUUCGGAGGUCAAUUGACCCGUAAUGAUACUCAAACUGUACAUGCUCCCCCGCGUACCCCAGCCUCCCGAACACCCCCAGCUGCGUCCACCCCUGUGGCGGAACUGCAGGAUCUCAGUCUCGGCCAUGAUUCCGGAUCUGCCACGCCUCAGGAACAGGCCCGCCGUCUGCGUCAUGCAGCUGUGGUCGAGCGUGCCGCUAAUCUCCUUGGCAAUGAUCAAAAUAAACUGAAUGAAUUCCGCUCCAAAGUGUCCACCUACCGCACCUCUGCCCUAACAGCCACCGAGCUGAUCGACGGUUUUUUCUCCCUCUUCGACACGUCCACAAACGAGCUAGGCAAACUCGUCAAGGAGCUCGCAGAGAUCUACGAAAACGACUCCAAACGAACCGCACUACUCAAAGCCUGGAAUGACUGGCGCGCCAUCAACGAAGAUUACCCAGCCCUACCAGGCCCUGGGGGCCUCCUACCAGGCAUGUCCCCCAGCACCGUGAACGGCAGUGGUGCCGGAGGCAAACGUGUCCUCCGGCUGAAAUCCUCAACCGCCCAGUCCUCUCGCUCAGCUGUCGGCAGAAGCGGUGCCCUCCCCUCGGGCUCAUCCCCAAGCAACCCCUUCCCCCCUCUCUCCUCUACCGUCUCCAAAAAGUCCGCCGCCGCCAGCAACAGCAAUACCCCUUGGGCUACGGCAUCCCCUGCUCCAUCGUAUACCGGGCCAUCCUACGCUGGCCCAUCCUCCCGUCCUGCCCCUAAACCUAGUAACCCCUCUCGGCCUGCAAAUACCGGCAACGCCGAAGCUUUCCCGGCGCUCCCCGCCGCCCCUAAACCAAACGUCCUCAUGGCUGGUCUCACCCGUGGAACUGUCCGUGUCCGUUGGGAUGGACGAGAUGCUCCGAACUCGAAUGCCUGGGCCUCAGGUGGAUCAGGCACCAGUACCCCGGGCGAACCAGAUUCCGAUUUCGGAGAGUCCUCUGCAGGCGGCGGUAAGAAGGGUAAGGGAAAGAAGGGAAAACAGACUCUUUUCCAUUUUGGUUAA